AUGGCGGGCGGCGUGGGUCCGAUGAUGACGGCGCCGGUAUCGCCGGAAGAGGUGCUUCAGAAGAUGAUGCACGACGGCGUGUUUGAUUCGCUUAAGAACCGGAUCUUGCUCGACCUCAAGCAUAAUCCCCGUAACGUGUCCCCUUCUUUUGGGGUUUUGACACGUCUCAAAACCACAUCACCUCCCUCCCCUCCUCUCCCCUUCCCUACCCAACAACCCCCCCACCCCUCUCCCUUUCCUCCACCCAACCCCCCCCCACCCGUCUCCCUUUCUCCACCCACCCCCCUGCCUGCCUGCACUAUUCCAAUCCAACAGGAGGAGCUGCGGCAGUACACGGCUAAGCUGGAGGAGCUGAGGCAGUACACGGCUAAGCUGGUGCAGGGCAGCGAAACUCUCUCUGCUCACGGCGCCCUCCCCACUUUCACUCCUUUUACCCAACCCUCCUCCCCCGUCUCCUUUAUUGUCCCCCAUCUCCAUUCAGGAGGAGCUGCGGCAGUACACAGCUAA